CAGCAGAUAUUUUUCUUACAUUCCGGAGCUGAGUUUAACAAGGAACAGAUGUGAGGAAACCAGAAAAACAGAGCGGGGGCAGGAAGGAGACAGAGAAGUUUGGGGCAAGCGACGAGAAACGCGACAACGAGCUGGAUUUAGUUUCCACAGAUAUCGAGGAAGUCGUGAGGUAAAUUCCAGGAGACUUUCGGGGACAAGAUGCCUGGGCUGAACUUGUGUGCCGCUCUUUGUCUUGUCUCAUUAUCGCUCUUCACCCUCGGGGUGAGUUACUCCCAGAGAUACCCCUUGUACACCGGAGGAACCGGGCGGUUGAACGGACAGGAGAGUCAGCCAGGAGCGGGACUGCGGGCUACCAGUAGAUACAGGAACUGGUGUGCCUACGUGGUGACACGAGUGGUGUCCUGUGUCAUAGAGGAUGGUGUGGCUACAUACGUCAGGCCAGAGUAUCAGCCCUGUGGAUGGGGCCAGAUGCAGUGCUCACGGACAGUGAUGUAUCGUUCUUUUAUGAAGCCACGAUACAAAAUUGCCUACAAAAUGGUUUCUGAAAUGGAAUGGAGGUGUUGUCACGGUUAUUCUGGAGAUGAUUGUUCAGUGAGCCUACCUGGAUUGGUUGAGGAAGAAAGUUCAAGGUCUGAUAACAAACAACCAGAGGAAGAUGGAAAAAACUCAGAUAAAUCUCAUCAGAUGGAGGAGAAGAUCCAGAGCCUAACUCAGCAAGUCCAUAAACUGCAGAACACCAUCGAAACAAUGACAGAGAAGUUUCAAGAGGAGAUGCAGAGAGUGAUUGAGAGAGCAGUGAAUGGGGAACAGCCAGCCGACGCUGCCUCUCACACAGACAUGAAGGACACCAUCAAUGAGAUUCAGAACAAACUCCAACAGAUUGACAACCGAGUGAGGGAGCACGAUAUUGAGAUUGACAUCUUAAACACCAUUGGAGCAUCUGGAACAGCUGGCAGCCCGUCUGAGGUCAGCCACAAGUUGUCUGACCUGAAGGAGGAACUGGUACGGGAGGUGGAACUUCGAAUUCAGCACUCCUGUUUCUCUUGUCGGGCUGACAUCGAACUUCUACGACAGCAGCAGGGAAUGUUCAGGCAAAGGCUGCAAGAUCUUGGAAGAAUAUUUAAUAGGACUGAGCAGCACAAUCGGCUUCUAAUAGAGGGCAUGCACAAACACCUCACUAGGCUAACUACUUCAGUGGAUGACUCCUGCUGCCGGGAAACAGAGAGCAUUCAGUCGAAGGUGGAGGAUGUUGAAGGCAAGCUAGUAUCCCUCUCUGAGGUGGUGACUGGACUGGAACAGAGGUUACACAGAAAGUCUCCAUCUCCUGAUUUCUCUUCAGGAACCUCUCUGUGGGAUGAUCAAUUGCAAAAUCUUGAACGGAAACUGAAUCUGACUGAGAUGAACCUUGAGAAACACAUUGUGACCCAGCUGGAGAAUCUGAGAAAUGAAUUUGGAGAUCGAAUCCAUGAGAAUGAGGAGCGGAUCAACACAGUGGUGUCUGUUCUGGGCAACUCCACAGUCUUUGAUGAUUGGCUGAGGGAGACAAUUCGUGGAAUAGGUGAGGAUGUCACAACUCUGAAGAAGAACGUGAGGUCAGAUGGACACAGCCUGGAGUCAGUGGUGAGUCAACUGCACCAACUGGAGUCCAGGGUGCAAGGAGCUAUCAGUGGCUGUGCACAGCACUGUAACUCUUCACUUCUCACUCAGGACGGACAAGAUACUGCUCAGAUGUUGGAGCUUUUAACAAAGCUUCAGAUAAAGAUAGCAGGGAAUGAGCUGAGCAUUCAGGACACUGGGAAGAGGGUGCACAACCUGACCAUAGGAGGACAUUCACUGAGAAACAGACUACAACAGUUUGGGGAGGAAGUUAAGCAGUUGGAAUCAAUGACUCAUUCUAAUAAGGACCAAAUGAGAUUCGUUAACUCUGGCCUUAGGGACCUGGAGGAUAAACUGCAGUAUUCAGCUGAGACCAGUUUAACAAUCUGUAACACCAUUAAAGAUGAAGUCCUUCAGAGUGGAGAGGAAACAAAGAGACAAGUUGAGCACCUGACUGAGGAGCUGGAAAAAAUUAGGCAGAGAUUCAGCCGUUUGGAGAAUGAUUGCAGACACUCCUGCUCACAAGUUCAGACUGAAUUCAACAAGUUCAAAGUGGAGCUUGGUGACCCAAACAAACAGUACGAAGAUUUACUAUUAAAAAUAGAAAACUUCAACAAUACACUCAAAAGGCUUGGAAUGUUUGGUGGCAAUUUGGGGAUUGAUCUCGGAUCGAUAAAUGGGGAGCUACGAGAUGUCAUCUUAACCUACAACUCAGUAAAUAAUACGUUAAGGGCCCUCCAAGACAUUGUCCAUCAGCAAGGCCACAACACUGAUAAACUGAACAUGACCUUCCACAGCAAUGCCAAUAAACUGAAGACAGACAUCAGCAGGAUCCAGGAGAAAAUAUUUGAUCAUAUUGAGGACACAGGCAACAAGCUUGUCAUCUUCCAGAAUGAACUAGGGAAGGUGAGAAGCCAGAUAGUGGAGGAGGGCAGUGAAUGCAAAAAUUCUGGAGAAAGGCUGGAAGAACGAAUGUCCAGGAUGGAGCAAGUCUGCAACAAGUUAGAUUCUGUCUCGCAGAGUCUGGAGAAGAUCAAAGAGGGUUUAAACCGACAUGUUUCAAGCCUGUGGAAUUGCCAAAGGGAUUUCAAUGCCACAUUGCAGAGACACUCUGAAGAGUUAAAAAAUAUAAAAAAUACUCACCUAACAAAUCUCAAACAAAAAAUAUCAUUGCUCAAUCAUUCCGUGUCUGAGAUACACACAGAAAUUCACAACUUCACUGUGCAGGAAUUCACAGGUGCUGAAGGACCUCAUGGACCUCCUGGACCACCUGGACCCCAAGGUAUCCCCGGUCUACCUGUCUACAUUGAGCGGGUUUCAUUCUCGGCAGCUCUUACCACGCCACAGCACAGACCAGGAACCAUUCUAUUUGACAAAGUGCUGGUGAACGAAGGAAAUCAUUAUGAUCCAGGCACAGGUAUAUUCUCUGCCCCAUUUGAUGGCCGUUACUUCAUCAGUGCUAUUCUGACGGGACAUCGCAAUCAGCGUAUAGAAGCUGUCCUCGCUAAAUCCAACACAGGACUGGCAAGAAUAGACUCUGGGGGCUUUCAACCAGAAGGGCUGGAGAACAGGCCAGUGAUAGGACCCCAGCCCACCUCAGGUUCUCUGGGCAUUUUCAACAUAAUUUUACCCCUCAGCCAAGGUGACACAGUUUGCAUUGACCUUGUGACUGGCAAACUGGCUCACUCUGAUGAACCCUUGACUAUCUUUAAUGGGGUUCUUCUGUACAAGGACAAGGACAUUUGAUGCCUCGUCAUUGCUUUGUGCUUAAGGUGGGGAUAUAUUUAUACACUAAUAUAUUCGGAGCAUCAUUCACAAAUGGGAUUGAGAACAAGAGUCCAAUCUCUACAUUAGUUUCUGCACUGCUGUUGAACUCUUAUUUAAUAUAAAGCAAUGUCUGAUAUCAGCUGCUGCUGUGGGAGGAAGGCUUGGUGAUCAUAGUGUAUUCAAUCACACUUUACACCUCUGUCUUAUCCUUUCAAGAAGACUUAAUUUAACCAAAGACUCAAAACCAUCCAGUCACAUCGAUCUGAAAUGGUAAUGGGGAGACGUCCUGAAUGGAAGAACAGUCCCACUAGCAGUGCUUGCAUCAACUAUCUCUGCUACAACAGAGUUUGAAAAGAGCCCAGGGACAGAUUGCAAGUCUAUAACUGAAACCAGGAUUUGCAUUAAAGAGUGAUGUCACAGAUGACUGGUUAUAAAUAAAAUGAACUCACCUAUUGUUUAA